GGUGGGGGGGGUGGGCCCGUCCUGGCUCUCCAGAGCAGGAAGAAAGCUGGAGUGGCAGCACGCGGCUUUGGUGGCUCCUCCCCCCACGCGAGCCCACCGCCUCCCUCGUCCCACCCUCUCGGGGAGGUUCCCCCAUCCUGGCCCGCCGGGACGGAGCAGGAAGAAGCCGGAGCGCCAAGCACCACCGUCACUUAGACUAUUGGCAAGGUUGUGGCCGUUGGACUCUGGACUGCCCUGCCUGAGCGUUGGUCAGCGAGAAGGUCGGAGGAGCCGAAGGGACCAAGCUCGAUGAUGACUUCAAGGAGAUGGAGAAGAAGGUGGACGUCACCAGCAAGGCGGUGGCCGAGGUGCUCACCAGAACCAUCGAGUACCUGCAGCCCAACCCAGCUUCCCGAGCCAAGCUGACGAUGCUGAACACGGUGUCGAAGAUCCGGGGCCAGGUGAAGAAUCCCGGCUAUCCGCAGUCCGAGGGCCUCCUGGGCGAGUGUAUGAUCCGCUACGGGAAGGAGCUGGGGGACGAGUCCAAAUUUGGCGAUGCCCUCCUGGAUGCCGGAGAGUCGAUGAAGCGACUGGCCGAGGUGAAGGACUCGCUGGAUAUUGAGGUCAAGCAGAAUUUCAUCGACCCCCUGCAGAACCUGUGUGACAAAGACCUGAAGGAAAUCCAGCACCAUCUGAAGAAGCUGGAGGGCCGGCGCUUGGAUUUCGAUUACAAGAAGAAACGCCAGGGGAAGAUUCCCGACGAGGAGAUGCGGCAGGCGCUGGAGAAGUUCGAAGAGUCCAAGGAAGUGGCGGAGACCAGUAUGCACAACCUCUUAGAGACUGAUAUCGAACAGGUGAGCCAGCUGUCGGCCUUGGUGGACGCCCAGCUGGACUAUCAUCGGCAGGCAGUGCAGAUCCUGGAUGAGCUAGCUGACAAACUCAAGAGUCGGAUGAGGGAGGUGUCUUCGCGACCCAAGAGGGAAUACAAGCCGAAGCCUCGAGAGUCCUACGAAUUUGGGGAGCCGGACCAGUCCAACGGGGGCUUCCCCAGCGCCCCCGCCCCCAAGGUCACAGCCUCCUCCUCUUUCCGAUCCUCUGACAAGUCUGUCCGGACACCCAGCCGGAUUAUGCCACCCCUGGACCAGCCCAGCUGUAAGGCCCUGUAUGACUUCGAGCCGGAGAAUGACGGCGAGCUGGGCUUCAAGGAGGGGGACAUCAUCACGCUGACCAACCAGAUCGAUGAGAACUGGUACGAGGGCAUGAUCAAUGGCCAGUCCGGCUUCUUCCCCCUCAACUAUGUGGAGGUCCUGGUUCCACUACCUCAGUAAAAUGCCCUCCUUCCCCCUCCCC